CCCUGUGAAGCUCACCAGGCUGCACCAGUGGUCUGGACACGCAGGGGAGUGGAGGCGUGGUAUUUUAUUUUACUAAAUAACUAAACAAUCUUUAACUAUACCGUAGAACAGCGGUAACAGACGGAGAUCGAUUCCAGACAAUCCCGAUAAAUGUAUUUUAUUACAGAUAUCUGCACUAAAAUCUAUAGAAAGCGGGUCAUCUUUCUCUAGUCCAAUGAUGAAUUCUAAACGUCUGCUUGACAUGUCCGCUGUUGGAAUACGUCUCGGGGGCGCUUCGAAACAAGCCGGUAUUGAUCAGCAUGCAGAGGGGUCCAAGGGACGCAAAAUUACUGUCGCCGCCACUGCGGACAGCGGUGUCAUUCUGGCGUGCAAGAAUGGUCCCGCAACGGGAGCAGUUUUCUACAAAGUCGUGUUGGAUGAUGGAUCUUUAAGAGAAUGUACAAGACAGGACACCGUCCUCAAUGUGAAUGACCUGUCAUCAGGGAGAGAAAAAUACCACCUGAAUAAAGCAGGUUGUGGUGGGGAGGCAGAUGAAAGAAACAGUGGUCUGACUGGGAUCCUUACUAACGGCAGUCCCACACACUGCCUGAUCCGGAAAGGGCAGAAGGCGGACAAACACAUGCACUCAGAGGCCAGGGACCCGCUGGUGCCCAGCGGUUGCCAGGCAACAAAUGGACAGCAAGUUCCACCUGAGGAGAGAUACCCUCAUCCCUCCUCCCAAAUACCUGUCCCCCGACGCAGGAAACCUUCAGGUCUUGCUGAUAAGGAGGUAAUGGCUGCUACCGUCCUGACAUCACUGUCCACCUCUCCUCUGGUCCUCACCCAUACCCAGACAGCCUCAGCUGCAGUUCCGGAGCCAGCCAGCAGAGGGUGGAAGGAGGUGCUGUCAACUAGCUACAGCAGCUCUACCAGUGGCAACUGGAGCUGGGACACCAGCGACCAAUCGGUGCCCUCCACACCGUCCCCGCCUCUCUCCAACGACACCAGCAAGAGCUUCUUGCUCUCCUCCCAGAGUGAUAAUGUCAUCGACGACGUCAAAGAGAGCACGCACUUCUUGUUUGAGGACCCCAUACCCCGGAAGCGAAAGAACUCCGUGAAGGUGAUGCUCAAGUGCUUGUGGAAGAACUGUGAAAAGGUCCUCAGCACCUCUUCAGGGAUCCAGCGACACAUCCGCACCGUCCACCUGGGGCGGAACUGUGACUCGGACUACAGUGACGGGGAGGAGGACUUCUACUACUCAGAGAUCGAGGUCAACAUGGACAGCCUAUCAGAGGGCUUGUCCAGCCUCACGCCCACCUCCCCCACCACUACCGGCCCUCCCCCCAUCUUCCCCCCUUUCUCCCACGCCGCCUUUGUUCCCCGCUCUGAGCCCGCCCACAUCGUCAUGAGGGGACCGCAGGGUCAUGCCCCCAGUCUGCUCAGCCAAUCAGCUCCCUCCACGCUCUGCCAUAUCCGUACUGACCACGCCUACCAGGCCACUGCUCCUGUGAGUAUUCCUGUGUGUUCGGAGCAGGCUGAUGGGAAUAGGGAUGGGAUCAGUGUGUCCUGGCAGUCCCCUCCUGUCAUUUUUAAAGGCUUAACGGGGCCGUUGACUCACAUCCGCACGGUGAGCUUCGGGGAGAAGAGACAGCCAGCCCCUCACACACAUACCACCAUCUGCAAGACACCUCCCUUUACUGCCCCCCUGCCCAAACCAGCACCAGGAAUCAGGAAACCCCGCGGAGAUGCCAAAAAGUGCCGGAAAGUGUAUGGCAUGGAGAAGAGGGACAUGUGGUGCACAGCCUGCCGCUGGAAAAAAGCCUGUCAGCGAUUCACUGACUGAACCCCAGUACAUCACUGGGACGGACUCUUCCUCUGCCAGCGCUUCAAUGAGGUGUCAUCUUCCACUGAGGAGAUGUGGGGGUUUCUCCGUGAUGAAGCCCCUCAGAGCACGCACUGCUUCCUCCUGACCAGCAGCUCGCUUCUCCUAGUCCUCAGACAGCUGAAUUCACAAAACACAACAACUAACUGAUGAAAAAGGCAAAAAAUAAAAAUGAAUUUGGCUUUGGAAGAAUUGUUUUUCUUUCUAAUGAUGAGACUUUUUAGGUAGUCAAAAAAAGAAAAAUAUUAUUCAAAACCUUUUUGAUUUGUUUUGUAUUUUCUAAUUUUGUCUGCCUUCACUGUAGGGGAGUGGUUGAAGAUUUCAGAUAAGCUUUUUGCUAUUGUAUUGUUUUUUACCGGUCCGAGUAUCAUGUAAGCUACUGUGUUUGAGUUUAUAAGAUCCUGAUACCGCUCCCUUGUCAGCCUCUUUCAAUGCAUCUCUGUUAAUGUUUUAGAACUAAAAUCACAUUCACUUCGGGGCUUUUAUUCAAAUGGAUCGUUUUCAAAUUUCACCUGUCCCUCUUUUGAAAAGGGCAGUAAGUCUACCAAAGGAAAAACAAAUCAGAAUAUCGCUGAGAAUUUAGAUGCUGCUUAUUAAGAUGCUUGUUCUGCUCUUCAUAUCCAAGUGUUAUGGAAUAACACAUCACAUGCUCUUAUAGGAAUUCAACUCAGAAACUCUAAUCACGUUGUUUGGGAAGUAAAUCAUCCGUAGCUACUCCAUGAGAUUCUUGCUUUUUUGCAUAGAUAUGAAACACACUCUUCCAUCUGGUUGCACCAAAUGUUACGUUUUGAAUGUACAGUUUAUAAAGAUAUCUAUUUCCCUUUCUUCCUUUCUAUACCUCUGAUAUGCAUCUUUCAGAAACAACACAUCUUUCAACAGAUCACUGUAAACUUUGUAACUAAAGUGUUUCCUCUCAUUUCUUACAUGUGUUUUCAGCGAUCAGUUGCCAAGGCAACUAGUAGUUGCAAAGUGUAAUCGCCAGGGUUUGGAAAGUCUCGUCUUGCUUUGAUUAAUCAGCUCUAUUGUUGAUAACCGCUAUCGUCGACAACAUUAAGCUCUGCUGUAACGCUGCUGGCUACUCAGUGUUCAUUUUCUGAGUAUCAUCAUGGACAUAGAAUACUCAUUCUCUGUGGGUACUGUACCAUAGUCAGUCCUACUCAACCCUCACUCCCAGUUACAGCUCUUAACUGGUAUCUGAUGGCGUUGAAAUCAAGAUGUUUGUCUCCAAGGGAUUGUUUGCUUCCCAUGAAUUGUACCUGGAUUCCUGAUCAGACAUGAGAGCAGAUAUAGAUGUAUAUUUUUAAACAGAUGUAUUUUUCUACUCUAGCUACUGUUUCGAUUGUUGCCAGCUCUUUGAAUGUAGUCUCUGCAGGCUCUCUCUUUCUGCUCCCAACACUGACUACUAGCCAUUACACAAGUUACAACAGCACACACAUACACACACACACACACACAGGACUCUAAAUUAACUGGUGCUCCCAAUUUUUAAAAGUUAGGAGCACCACAUAUAAUGUAUGAGCACCAGAUUAUAUUGUUUAAUUGAUUGAGAUGCAGCCUAUAUUAAUUCUAUCUCCUUUUGAAGCACAUGCUGUGCCCCAGAAAUGAACACCGUUUAGAUAGUUUAUAAUAAAAGCUCAAAUGUUGAUACAAAUAUCUGAAAUUACGUGGAAUAUUUGGUUUCUACAUUGUGUAAAAUCACUAUUUUCCUAUUGAGAUGCAUUACAUUGAACAUUGUACACUGUCUCUAAGCACGUCAGGUUUGUGAUGAGGACAUCGAUCUCCUGAAGAAGCUAUCCUUUUCCUUUCUGUGCCCCUAAAUGUUUGGAUAUACUGGUCAAGUUACCAGUUUGUUAGCUAGGCAGCCAAUGAGGUAACAUGACUGAACAAACUGUAAACAAAUGGCCCACGAAGUGGUUUAUUAACGUAAAUUGCGGUCCUGUCGAUAGGCUAUAGAAAGAAUAACAACUGCGCUGGUAAUAUGGGUCAGAUCUUUUUAACUGGGGUAGAAACAAGAUAUUUUUGCUGUAGUAAUGGUUCAACCAUGAUGCUAACUUUUUUUUCUCUAGGGGACUCGGAAUCAACAGUACUGCGAAGCCUAAUCAUUACAACAAUUAUUAUUCGGGAUACUUGUUUUUAUAGGAGCACAGUACACCCCCCCCCAACAAAAAUAAUCUAGGUCGCACAGCAAAAUAUUUAUGGACGCACUUUAGAGCCCUACGCACAGUCACGCACGUGCACAUCCUGUAGUGCCACCUGGCCUCUUACCUCAGCUCACCUUGAACUUGUUUCGAUGACAACGGCCACAGUCAGUGGCAGUGUUCGAUAGCAUCAAAACUACUGCAGACAACUGCCUGCCGACUGACUGAUCUACAAAUCACCUUCCAUCAUAAAUAUCGACUCAUUAUUAUUUGUAGAUCAGUCAGUCACAAUUUACCCAUGAUACAUUGCAUCUUUUAUCCUAUCGAACACAGCCUAUGACUUUCCAGUCGUUGGCUGUCUUACACAUCUGUUGUCAUGUUGACACAUGCGCUCUCAGCUGUCACAUAUUCUAAUUGACAUGACAUCAGUAGAAGGCCAUUCUAAGACAGCUGGCCGUGACUGUUAUAUCUUGUUGUUUUUUGGGUACAACAAACAAGCAAUCGAACCAACGGGAUUCUUUUUGGGGCUCUAUUCAUCCUUAUCCCUGAAUCCUUACAGAUUGCAUACUGGUAAUUUCCGAUUGAGCCGACAUAUGCAGAGUUUGAGUGAAUGUUAACAGGGAAAUUUGCCUUUACAUUUUAAUUCCACUGUCACGCUGAACUUUCCCGAUACGUGUUUAAUAGAGCCAUGCCAUGUCAGUCUUUUCCUUGAUUUCCAUUACCAACAAAUAUGGUCAUGCUUGUUGGCUAGUAACCUUGCUGUCAGGCGUUCUGUCUGAGAGAGAGAAGCCGUGUCUUACAGUUCCUCACUGGUCAGAAUGGAGAGUAGGCUGGUAAUUAAUGGUCAGAAACUUCACAAGUGCCAAUGAAAAUAACAUUACGAGGACAAAUGAUGUACCUAAAGAAAUGGUACUAACUUGCACUGCACAAAUAAAAACAUUUAUACAUGGAGAUUUUAUAUACACAGAUUUUGAAGUGAAAUUUAAUUAGAGGUUUUGGGUCGUCACUGCUUUGGUGUUAAAAUGGGGUUUCAGGGAUGGGGCUUCUACACCUCUUGGGUCCCCCCAUAAGAAUGUUCUGAACCUGUAUGUCUAGUUCUCUCUGUGUGUGGUGUACACAGCCCAAUGGGGCCCACAAUGUUGUCUGGAAUAGAGUGGUACUGGAUGCAGCCUUGGGGAAAAGGCUUCCAAAAGGGUUCUUCGGUUGUCCCCAUAGGAGAACCCUGUUGGGUUCCAGGUAGAACACUUUUUGUUUUCUAGUAGAAAACCUUUUGAGUUCCAUGUAGAAGUCUCUGUGGAAAUGGUUUUACCUGGAACCAAAAGGGCUCUACAUGGAACCAAUAAGGGUUCUUCAAAGGAUUCUCCUAUGGGAACAGACGAAGAGCCAUUUGGUUCUAGAUGGCACCUUUUAAGAGUGUAGUACAGCACGGUACUUUGUGAGUAAGGGUUUCCCCUCAACCUUGUUAUUGUGUCACCGAGAUGACCCCUGAAGUCACAUCUCAGGCAGUUUGCCCUAACUUGGUAUGGGGGGAAACUGGUCCAGCAUUACCCAUCUGUCAUUCAAUGGUUGCUUGUUGUCGUCUUCGGAACAGAUCGUUUCAACGACAUGGGGUUUCCUACACAUCCUACUCAUAUACUGCUUUCAGAAACAUUGGGUUUAGUCUUGGCAAGUGGCUUUUUCACAUUUUAUUCCAGAUGAGAGAAGAGGUUUUAUUUCCAGACUGACUCCUAUUUUGGACUCCUGUCUGAUUGUGAUUUGAUUUUAAGUGAGCACUUAAACACACCCGCUCAGCUCUCUCUCAGUCCAUCCCCCAGCCAAAGCACCUGACACUUCUCCACCAAUUGACUGGCAGCGGAUUGGCCAGUCAUACUUUUGAUUUGCAUCAGAGCAAUCAAGUCCAUUGUUCUCAAUUUAAGUCACCCUAUCCCCGCCAUGUAAUUUUUUAUUGCACUAAAUUGGCCUUAUGGGUCACUGGCCAGGGCUAAUGCAAAGGGAGCACUCUUUAUUUAAUUGUUACCUGCCAGCAGCAUCCACUGCUGGCUUUCCUCUGAAGCUAAGCAGGGUUGGUCCCUGGAUGGGAGACCAGAUGCUUCUGGAAGUCGUUUUGGACGUCCAGUAGUAAGCACACUUUCCUCUGAAGCUAAGCAGGGUUGGUCCCUGGAUGGGAGACCAGAUGCUUCUGGAAGUGGUGUUGGAGGUCCAGUAGGAGGCACUCUUUCCUCUGGUCUAAAAAAUAUAUAUGUAACCUAGGGCAGUGAUUGAGGACAUUGCCCUGUGUAGGGUGCUGUCUUUCAGAUGGGAUGUUAAACGAGUGUCCUGAUUCUCUGUGGUCACUAAAGAUCCCAUGCCACUUAUUGUAAGAGUAUUUUAACCCUGGUGUCCUAACUAAAUUUCCAAUCUGGCCCUCAUACCAUCAUGGCCACCUAAUCAUCCACAGCUUCCAAUUGGCUCAUUCAUCCCGGUGUAACUAUUCCCUACGUUGUUGCUGUAAAUGAGAACGUGUUUAGGAGACCUGAGGCUUUGGAAGGUUUUGAUUUGGUGUGUUUGGAGAACUGGGGCUUUAUGAUAGGUGUUGAAAGAGGAAGUGGGACAAGCAGUGACGAUUAUUAGAUAUGGAUUUGUAGUUUCAGGGCAUAUGCACCGUAAAGAGAACCGUGGUGCUAUUUUGAUGUUGUUUUCUUUGUUGUAUUUCUAUUAUAUAAAAAGGAAACUUUCUCAAGUAGAUUUGCUCAGAAUAUUUUUUUCCUUCCUAUUUUUUAAAGGGCAAUUGAGAAGCUAUAUUGAAUAUAACAUGUACAUACUUCUAUAUUGCAGUUUAGGGGAAAAGGGGAGAAAAAACGUUGAUGAAUUUGAAACCUACAAAAAGAAAAGCUUGUUUUCUUUCUUGUAACGCUGGCUAGUUUCUACUGCCUGUAGAGAACUGUUAGUACGCUGUCUUCAGUAUCGGAAAACAUUUAACAUACACACUAACAGUUGGACCUAUCAUGUGUAUAUCAUAUCUAUACCACAACCAUGCAGUAUUGCUUCACCUUCUUACAUUGUGCAAUGAUGUGCUUUAAUUGAACUAACUUGACCUUUUGAUGACCUUUCUUUGAGCCACCUGUGUGGGAUCUAUUACGAAUGCAUUCAUUGGCAUGUAGGCGUUUAUUUGGGCAGUUAUAAUGAGUCCUUGGCCAUUAUGAAUGCUUAUAUUGGUCCAUAUACUGCACUCUUCCCACUUAGUGUAAUGCAUAUAAUGAAUAUGUUUAUGAAGGUGUAAUGCAUUUGUUAAGGUGGUCAUAAGGAACCAUGAGCUGUUGUGAAUGCUUACGACAAGUCUUAUAAUACACUAUGGAGUGAUCGACUGUGCUAUAAAUGCAGUCAUAAUGAUUUGUACACGAUUCCUAAAAUCUGCUACCUUUUCUGUCUCCCUUCCUGCCAAAUAUGGAUUUAUCAGAAUACGUGUUGUUGUUAUUAUCUUUUGAGGUAAUGUUGUAUGUAAUGAGGAAGUGUGUUAUCCAGAGAAAUAUAAUUCUAGUUUCAUGGUUUCACCUUUGGGGUUUCUGUUUCCUGUCCUGCACAUUCCAACAGGCCGCUUGCCUUGGUGUCUGCCUGUUCCGUACCUGUACAUUUCCCUGUCAUAACUUCAGUGACUUUCUCUCCAUCUCCUCCUCUAUUUCUCUCCGUUAUGUAUCUUUCUCUUUCAAAAUGUACUGUAGUCCCAAGUCAUUACCCAGUAUAUUAAGCUAACCAAGCCCUUGAAAUAUGUUCAGUGAUUCUAUUCUUUGUUUGCUUUUUGAAUGUCGAUGUUUUUGAGUCCAGCCCAACAGCACAGCAACAGCAAAGCCAAUGGAUCUCCAUCCAAAUGUAAUUCAUCGUCAUGGCAGCUCCGCUCAACUCUGUGCUUCUUCUUCUACCGUACUCGUAAUCGACAUACCUAUUUGAUCUGUUUGUCUUUCUGUCACUGUUUUACCUGUCUUUGAUCUGUUUGUCUUUGUCACUGUUUUACCUGUUUUACCUGUCUUUGAUCUGUUUGUCUUUGUCACUGUUUUACCUGUUUCACCUGUCUUUGAUCUGUUUGUCUUUGUCACUGUUUUACCUGUCUUUGAUCUGUUUGUCUUUCUGUCACUUGUUUUACCUGUCUUUGAUCUGUUUGUCUUUGUCACUGUUUUACCUGUUUCACCUGUCUUUGAUCUGUUUGUCACUGUUUUACCUGUCUUUGAUCUGUUUGUCUUUCUGUCACUGUUUUACCUGUUAUACCUAUCUUUGAUCUGUUUGUCUUUGUCACUGUUUUACCUGUUUCACCUGUCUUUGAUCUGUUUGUCUUUCUGUCACUGUUUUACCUGUCUUUGAUCUGUUUGUCUUUGUCACUGUUAUACCUAUCUUUGAUCUGUUUGUCUUUGUCACUGUAUUACCUGUUUCACCUGUCUUUGAUCUGUUUGUCUUUCUGUCACUGUUUUACCUGUCUUUGAUCUGUUUGUCUUUGUCACUGUUUACCUGUCUUUGAUCUGUUUGUCUUUGUCACUGUUUUACCUGCCUUUGAUCUGUUUGUCUUUGUCACUGUUUUACCUGUCUUUGAUCUGUUUGUCUUUGUCACUGUUUUACCUGUUUCACCUGUCUUUGAUCUGUUUGUCUUUCUGUCACUGUUUUACCUGUCUUUGAUCUGUUUGUCUUUGUCACUGUUUUACCUGUUUCACCUGUCUUUGAUCUGUUUGUCUUUGUCACUGUUUUACCUGUCUUUUAUCUGUUUGUCUUUGUCACUGUUAUACCUAUCUUUGAUCUGUUUGUCUUUGUCACUGUUUUACCUGUUUCACCUGUCUUUUAUCUGUUUGUCUUUCUGUCACUGUUUUACCUGUCUUUGAUCUGUUUGUCUUUGUCACUGUUUACCUGUCUUUGAUCUGUUUGUCUUUGUCACUGUUUUACCUGCCUUUGAUCUGUUUGUCUUUGUCACUGUUUUACCUGUUUCACCUGUCUUUGAUCUGUUUGUCUUUCUGUCACUGUUUUACCUGUCUUUGAUCUGUUUGUCUUUGUCACUGUUUUACCUGUUUCACCUGUCUUUGAUCUGUUUGUCUUUGUCACUGUUUUACCUGUCUUUGAUCUGUUUGUCUUUGUCACUGUUUUACCUGUUUACCUGUCUUUGAUCUGUUUGUAUUUCUGUCACUGUUCUACCUGUCUUUGAUCUGUUUGUCUUUCUGUCACUGUUUACCUGUUUUUGAUUUAUUUGUCUUUCUGUCACUGUUUUUCCUGUCUUUGAUCUGUUUGUCUUUCUGUCACUGUUUUUCCUGUCUUUGAUCUGUUUGUCUUUGUCACUGUUUUACCUGUUUCACCUGUCUUUGAUCUGUUUGUCUUUGUCACUGUUUUACCUGUUUCACCUGUCUUUGAUCUGUUUGUCUUUCUGUCACUGUUUUACCUGUUUUACCUGUCUUUGAUCUGUUUGUCUUUGUCACUGUUUUACCUGUUUCACCUGUCUUUGAUCUGUUUGUCUUUCUGUCACUGUUUUACCUGUUAUACCUAUCUUUGAUCUGUUUGUCUUUGUCACUGUUUUACCUGUUUCACCUGUCUUUGAUCUGUUUGUCUUUGUCACUGUUUUACCUGUUAUACCGGUCUUUGAUCUGUUUGUCUUUGUCACUGUUUUACCUGUUUUUGAUCUGUUUGUCUUUCUGUCACUGUUUUACCUGUCUUUGAUCUGUUUGUCUUUGUCACUGUUUUACCUGUAUUUGAUCUGUUUGUCUUUCUGUCACUGUUUUACCUGUUUUACCUGUCUUUGAUCUGUUUGUCUUUGUCACUGUUUUUACCUGUCUUUGAUCUGUUUGUCUUUGUCACUGUUUUACCUGUCUUUGAUCUGUUUGUCUUUAUUUUUUAACUGUCUAAAUGUUUUUCUCCUGCUGUGCCAUGUCUUUACCGAGCCUUAUCGUUGGCUGGAGUGAAACUGACCUUAUUUGUGUUUCUUUAUUAUCUUGUUCGUGUUAAUUGAUUGAUUGAUGUUCCUUCAUUAUGUGUAGAAGAGGGAUUUGUUUUAUUGCUUAUGUCAGUCUGUGACAUCAAGUGAAUGGAUGACUUAAUGUCAUGAUGAAGAUGAUGUUGAAAAUAAGGCAGGUGAUGUAAAUGUGAUAGAGAGAAAAUAAACACAAAUGGAAUGGAAUAUGUA